GCAUAGAAGCUAGCAAGAGGAGGGAAGGAAAGGGGGAGAGAAAGCGGAGCAUCGGAUGCCGUUCAGUUCAAAAGCUGGGAUGCCUCUACUCCAAUAAUGGCGACGGCUCCAGCGUCCCUACGGGCUCCUCGUCCUCCUCGCCUGUAGCCCUAACCGUAGCCCCACAAAUCUCCCUCCCAUCUCCUCGCCGCCGGGCCCUCCCUCCUUCUCUCGCUCCUCUUCUUCAUCCUCCACCGCGAUGCCGCGAGAGGCCCCGCCGCCGCCGCCAGUGAUCGGUAAGGCCGGGAGGUACACCGUGUUCAUCACCCCGCCGCGCGCCCCCAAACCCUCCGAUGCUCCGAGCGUGAAUCCGCAGGCCGCCAGCCCUGUAAAGGUGGCUCCUUUGCCGCGGAAGGCUACCCCUUCGCCACCACCUCCGCCUCCGGUGCAGGUUCCACCCAUGCAGUUCGAGAAGCCGUCGACCAAGUCAUCGGGAUCCGUGUUCGGGUUCCUCUGGGACGCCAUCGCCAAAGUCCAAGAUGCGCAUUCCAGCCUCGAUGAGUACUUGGCGGACUGGUUCGGGUUGAACCAGUCCAAGUAUCAGUGGGCGUUGAACGAUUACUACGAGAACAACGGAAAGGAGAAGGAAAGUGGUAAACAAAAGGAUCUUGUUAGCAAAGAGCAAGCUCUCUGAUAGGUUAAUAAAUAGCAACUCUUUUCCAACAGUGUGUGGAGAUUAUGAAAACAAAGGCAUAUCUCAUCAAAUGCCUUCUGUACGUCUGAGGUUGAUUUUAUGCAUGUCUGCUAAUGACUAACGGGUGUUGCAGUAUAAUGUCAUCAAGCUGAUUAUGUAUAUGGGAGCCAACCAAAGAGGCUUAGGUUUACAGCAAAUGCAUGUGCCACCAGUUCAAAAUUUUCACCUGUUAAGCAUGCUUGCUUUUGCUCUUUGUAAACCAGUAUCGAAGUCAUCCUGUAAAAGCAUUAUGUUGUAAAGCAUAAUGCUUUACCAACGUCCUUGUAAAUGUAUGGAAGUUGUUCGCAUGUCGAACUUACUUUACUAAUGUCUAUGUCGCUUUCUGUUAGUUUACUAUUAUCAUCUGGUUCA